AUGGAGAGCCGCCUCUCUCGAAUAGGCACCUCAUUUUGUUUGAUAUAUCUAUUGCUUGUGUGGUUUCCACCUGGGUUGCAUAACAGUAUCUGUCUCGAUCCUUUCACUGAUCAGGACCCCGCUACUGUUACCAGCUGCAAACAUGAGUACCACCUUCAGUGUAUUCUCGAAUGGUCACAAAGGAGCAGAGAGUGCCCAAAUUGUUGGCAGUUAUUUUUCUUAAAAGAUCCGGCCAGCCAAGAACUUCUAGCUGCGGUUGAAAGUGAAAGGCACUGUAGGUCAAGGAAUGUAUCUCAUUCUACUUUAACAACUCAUCAUCAAUUUCAUGAGGAUGCAGAUGUCGAGCGGGAUGGCUGUUACUCUGAUGACUCUGAUUUUGAUGAGCAUAUUAUGCAGCAUUUUGCUGCUGCUGCUGCUAGCAGAGCACAUAAUAUUGACAGAAGAGUAAGGAAGAUAUAUUCUGUUGGCAGUCCUCUCCAAGUUCUUGUUUCCAGUUCUCCUGUAAAUCUACCUAGUGUGAGGCAAAGCUACCCAGUUUCUCUAGGAGAAUUUCAGAGCAUGAGUGAGUUAUCAUGCGAGAGUUCACACGUUUCUUGUUCAUCAUCACCUGUUAAUAUUCAACCUUUGUCUUCUGUUGAGAACACGGUCUCCAGCGAUGCUGGGAACAGAGUUGGCCCUGUGAAACCCAGACAGCCACCGCCCGAAAAUCCACAGCGAACUAUUCCAACCUCGUUCUCUGAUGCUGUGAAAUCCAAGUGGUCUGCUGCUUCAGCCAGGUAAAUGAGUUGUGGCUUGGUACCCCUUUGGAUUGAUCUUUUCUUGACUAAGCUGGCCUAAUUUUAAAAUGUUUGGAUGUUGCC